AAUUACUCUUGUCUGUCUUUUUUGCUCUUUUUUCUGAGCCGUGAUCGACUUGAAUAACCGAGUAACUCUGCGUGACAGCUGACAAGGUAAUAAAAGCUUAUGAGUCGCAGUCGGAACCCUAACCCUCCCCGGGGUCAAGGGGCAGCGCGAGCCAAACAGAUGGGGCUGCUGCUCGACCUGUCCCCGGAUGGAGGAAUGGAUGAUGACGGGAAUGAUGAAGAGCUGGAGGCAGAGCUGCUCAGUCUGGUGGGAGGUGGAGGAGGAAGAUCACAAGGGAGGAAAAGUGAAGGCAGAGCUCCUGUUCCCAUGACUGAAAUAGAGCAGAUGGCAGCUCUUUGUAUGAAAGACCUGGAUGAUGAGGAAAUCGGGGAUGAAGAUUUGGAUGAUGAAGAUCUGCUGGCAGAAUUGAAUGAGGUUUUAGAGGAAGAUGAGGGAGAAACUCCUGCUCCCACCCCUCCUGCCGUCACGCCAACUGCUCCUAAAGUGAACGUUACAUCCCACUCUGCUCCUCCUGCUGCUCCCAGUGGUGCAACUGGGUUGGAGUCCUGCCUAUUGGAGCGCAUUGAAAUGUAUAAGACUGCCAUCUCCAAUGCCAAGGCUGCGGGGGAGACUAGCAAAGUUCGAAGAUAUGACCGUGGGUUAAAGACAUUGCAGUCCAUGUUAACAUCUGUUAGGAAAGGAAAACCAGUCAAUGAGGAGGAGAUUCCACCUCCUGUCGCUCUUGGCGGAAAGCCCAACACUGCAGCCGAGUCUGAAUCGAUCAAGGAACAGCCAGAGCCCACGCUGAUGCCCUCUCCUCCCACCAAUCAGAAACCUUUAAGGGAGGCUGCACCGACAGCUCCUAAUAAUAAGCCGCUCCAUCUGACCCCGCCCCAAAAGCCUGCUGCUGCUGUCACCCCAGAAACACCUGCUAUCUCGCCGCUCACCCCCAGCCAGCCUGACGCACAGCACUCAGAGCUGAAACAGGCCGUGUUGUCCAGACAGAGGGAGUACAAGAUGGCUGCCAUACACGCCAAACAGAGCGGCGACAUUGACCAGGCCAAACAGCACUACCUCAUUGCCAAGAAGCUGGACAUGAUGGUGGAGGCCCUGGACGGAGGCAAACCAAUAGAUCUGAGCUCACUGCCGCCACCUCCUGGAGACGCAGUAGCAGAGCACCGUGCGCCUCCUCCUCAGUCUUCCUCUAAACCUGCUGCCCCUGCUGCUCCUGCUGCUCCUGCUGCCCCCACUGCUCCUGCAUCCACCCACGUGGCCCCUGCCGACCUGCCUGCUCCCAGAAGUUUGGCAGAAGCCCUGCAGCAGAGGAUGGACAUAUACAAGUCAGCAGCAGAGGGAGCCAAGAGCAAAGGAGAUGACCGUAAGGCCCGUAUGCACCAGCGCAUUGUUAAGCAAUAUCAGGAUGCCAUCAGAGCUCACAAAGCUGGACGACCUGUCAGCUUGUCUGAUCUACCUGUGCCACCAGGCUGCCCACCGCUCCAGGGCUCAGAGGGGGGUCAGCAGAACUUCAUGGGUGUCCUGGAAACAGCUAUGAAAAUAGCUAAUCAGGAUGCAGACGCAGAGGAUGAAGAAGAGGAUGGUCCAAGAGAGGCUGCCAAGCCUGCAGUGCAUCCAUCCACCCAGAAAGCAAAAUCUCCAGCUCCUCAGGCCCCUAGAGGCUCCUCAGCUCUAAAACUGGGACCUAAAGCCCAGCAGCAAGUGGAUUUCUUGUCGCUAAGGCGACAGGCUUUUUUGCGUGCAGCACUGCGCUCCAAACAGAUGAAGGACAUGACAGGAGCAGCGCAGCACCUCAGACAUGCCAAGGGAAUCGACCCCAUGAUCAACGCUGCCAAAUCUGGCCUACCCGUUGACAUCACCAAGAUUCCUAGCGCUCCAGUCAGUGAGGAUGACUACUCCCUGGCUCGUUCCCGUACCUCCCCUCUCUCCCCUCGCUCCAGUGAGCAGUACCGCGGUGUCAUGGAUCUUUUGCGGAAGCAGCAUGAGAAAUGUUUGAAUCACUCUCAACAGACCAUGCAGACAGGCAAUGUGGGCGAGGCUCUAAAGUGUGAGAAACUUGUUGAGGAGUCUCUGAAGAACAUUGAGAUACUGAAGAACGCCCACGCCAAGGGCCACCCAGUCCCCAAGUGCCGCACUGAGGAGAGAACCUUCAACACCGCCAAGAUCUACACCAACCUGACGCCUAAUGACCUGGUACUGUACAUCAUCAAAGCCAUCAACCUACCAGCUCCCUCAGGUGUCUCACCUAAUGAUCUGGAUGCCAGCGUGAAGUUUGAGUUUCCUUUUCCCAGUUCGGAGGAGGCACAGAGGGACAAAACCAGCACAGUAAAGAACACAAACAGUCCAGAGUUUAAAGAGCAGUUUAAACUCAACAUCAACCGGACGCACAGAGGCUUUAAACGAGUCGUCCAGUCCAAAGGCAUCAAGUUUGAAAUCAUCCACAAGGGAGGCCUCUUUAAAACAGACAAAGUAGUGGGCACAGCUCACCUGAAGCUAGAGGGUCUAGAGAACCACUGUGAAAUCAGAGACAUUAUAGAGGUGAUGGAUGGACGUAAAGCCACAGGCGGCAAGCUGGAGGUGAGGGUGAAGAUCAGAGAACCUUUAUCAGCAGUGGAUCUCCAGCCGGUGACGGAGAAGUGGCUGGUUCUUGAAGCAGUCUCCCCCCUUUCUCCUCCAGAGAGGCAAAAGGAACGUGCUCCGUCUCCUCGGUCGAACCCGAAACAUGAAGCAAGCAGCCGGAGCAGUCAUCCCAACAACUCUCCGCCGCACUACAAACUCCACAGCUUCAGCCUCCUCAACUAUGACAAGGAGCGGCUGGAGAGAAAGAUUGCAGAGUACAGAAGGAACCGGCGCGAUCCCCCUCCUGACGUCAUCCAUCAAUACAAAGAGGUCACACACAGGCUGCAGUGGCAAAAAGCACAGCUGGAGCGAGCUUCUCCUGCUCUGCUUACAGAGUAUGAAAAUGUGCUGCGGCGCUUCGUCCAAGGACUCGCUGAUUCUGUGAAGAAAUACUCGAGCCAAGGCAACAGGGAAGCUGCCAAGGAUGCUCUGGGCAGGUUGAAGAUGGUAGAGAGUGAGCUGGAAUCGCUGACAAGGAAACGUACUGGAUGAAAGGAGCGAAGGGAGCAGAGACUUGGCUAGAGUACUGUUAUAUCAUUUCUCUCUCUCUCUCUCUCAUACACACUCAUAUACAAACACUACAGUCAGUACUUUAAGGACCUUUAGCAUGAUUCUAUGCUGCCUAUGUCCAUGACAACUGCAUGAAAGUACCUGCUAAUUCUAGUCUAUUAAUUAUACAACUUAACUUUUGGCACUUGUGGUUUGUCACCUGCCACGAUAAUGAAAACAACUCUGUAACUACAAAGGGACGUAAAAAUGAAAGCAAGCAUUAAAACGUGUUAGAAAGGAUUAUUUGCACUUAAACAAGACAAGCACUGAGGAAAACCGCUCCUAAAGUGCAGCUUUGCAGAGUUUUCCUGUACUCUGUUAACUGCUUUCUUCUAUUCCCAUCUUUUCUUUAAGAAUUGUGGGUGAAGAGAUCUGUUGGAAGAUUUUACAUUUGACACCAGUUCAGAGAGUCUUUUGGUGUCCAUAGAUGACCAAAAAUGUGUGUGUGUGUGUGUGUGUGUGCUCUGAAGUGUGUUUAACCAAUGGACUGAGGUGUUUUUAACCCCUUUUCCCAUAUUUUAUGUGUGUAAUGAGCUUAAUCUAAUCUGUCUGCUCCAGUGUUCCCAGAUUACAGUAAUCUGCUUCGUUUGGAGUGGUGUGAUAUGGGAAUAAAAAAACGGGGCUUCGGGGCGCCGCAGCCUACAUCCCAUAAUGAGGGAUUAGUGUUUGUGUCACCAAGGAGACGACUAGAUCAGACGUAGAGUCGCCUUUGGGGUUGGGGAGGGGAGGUGUUAACAGCGUGCCAUGAAUGUGGUAGAAGCUUAGCUCUGCUAAAGGACUGCUGCUUCUUCUUCUUCUUCUUCAUCAGCUAUUUCCUCUCUGUCGUCUUCUUCAUCUUCACUUUUUUUCACACUAAUUCCUUUACAUUUAUUCAGAGAUUAUUCAGAGUCUCGAGUAAUAGACCGCUCCAUUUGGAUUUUCUUUAAACUCUUAAACAAUGUUAAGUCCAUUGCGCUGUCGAUUAGAAAAUAAUUAACAGCAGCUGCAUCAGUGUGCUGCUAUUUUCCACAUGUUUUAAUGUAUGAGGUUUAAUAAAACAGAUUCUAUCCCACUGAGCUCUCCAGUGGCAGCACAGUGGAUGCUGAAUAGUCUGCCCAAAGGAAGACAACCCAAUAUGUGUCAGUAUGGCUGGGUAAUUGCUCAUUUCUAUUUCUGUUCCCCCAUAGACAUUCCUGUCAUUCCUCUCUACCUUAUACUUUUUUGACUGUGAAGUCAACGGGACAAAAUUCAGACAGAUCCGUUAAAACUUUAUAAGAUGUGGAUUGCAGCUGAGGCACCUUGAAAUUCAUAAAUCUAAAUGUACAAAAACAGUAAUCUGACAGAUGUGUCAUAGUUCUGCCAUGUAUUCUCUGUACGCUCUGUGUCAUUGUCUGGACAGAUGUUUCCUCUUCGUGUUUGACAACCUGCUAACCCGACAGCAGAUUCUGUUGAUGUGGAUCCAUGUUGACUGCAAAUAGUCAGGAUAUAGCAGACUACAUAAGAUGAGCCUUACUGUAUGUUUUAUAUUUGACCCUCCGAUGUGGAUGAUGUCGGUUAACUCCACUAAUAGUUUUUUGGUCACGUGACAGAGCAGAGAAUCAUGUGUUUGCCUUAAUCCACCCACUGCCUCACUCCAUUAGCAAAUAAUCCUGGUUAAAGAUGACCUGAUAUGGCCCGCCCCCCCCUUUUUCUUUAUCAUAAGAGGAUAUCUUCUGACUCUUUAUAAGUAGUACAUUUUGUUGCUUUUGAUCAGUUGAUUUUUGUCAGAUGGACAGGGCAGUGGAAGGACAGAUUUUUCUUACAGGGAAAUACUAAACUUAAUCUUAAUAUGAGAUGGAAUUUAAAUUACCAUAUCUGUGUCUUUGCAACGUUUAGCUCCUUAACUACAAAUCAUUUACACUUAACGUUUUGCUGACAAUUUUUCAAUGCACACAAUAUCGUUUCAGAUAUUUUUAUGUAUUUUUCCUACUGUUCCAGGCAGCCAUUGUCAUUUCCGUGCAGUAAUCUAUUAGCAGACUCUUGAAACUUGCUUGAGUUUGAGCCAAACAUUUGGCUCGUCGAGUUGUGUAAUUGAUCAAAGUAAAUCAAGUCUGCAUUAAUGUUUGUCAAUACUGCAUUAUGUAGUUUAAAUGCAGAUUUAUUUGAAAAGCUCUGCAUUUAACUGACAAAUAUGAUGCCGACAUAAUAGAUUACACAAAGUCCAUUACCGGUCCACUAGUUGAUUUUCAUACUGUAUAGAAACCAAAGGCUGCAUUAAAACGGAGCAAAAGAUUAUUAUUGUUGCUGCAACUAACAGUUGCUUUUCAUUAUAAUUGAUUAAGCCACCGAAUAUUUUCUUGAUUGAUCAUUUGGUUUAUAAAAUAUCAGAAAACGAAUGUGAAAAAAUGUCCCUUUCAAUUCCUUUAAACACAAGAGGACAUCUUCAAAUUGCCUUUUACCGCCAACUAACAGUUCAAAUCCCUAAAAUAGGAGACAAAGAAAACCAACAAACCAACAAAACCUCACAAUUUAGAAGCUUGGACUGGGGAACAUUUGGUAUUUUUGCUUUAAAAAAAUGACGAACAAUAAUCGAUAAUCAUUAUCAGUUGUUUGCUCCUUACUGACUAAUCAAUUAAUCCACUAAUUGACAUUUCAAAAACAGCAACAUGGUUUGCAGAAGGACUAGAUGUGAUGUAAACUGUUCGAUUUGUAGUAAAAGGUCUAAAACAUGCAAAGCCACUGAUAUGAAGCAUAAGAAAUAUGAUUGUGAUUUGAUACUGACGUUAAGUAAAGACUGACUGCUACUGCGAAGCUCUGAUGUAACUCCAGGUUGCAGCACUCGCAUGUUUUAAUGGCGCAAAAACUGCAACUAUGCAGUACCCCUUUCAUUCACCCCAAAGCUUUAACCCCACGUCACCUCCGACACACAAACACACACAAAUACUCCUGCCAGAUCACCCCACUCCUCCAGUAACCUCGUGGCCUUUGAGGCUGUCCUGUUGUCAUAGAGACAAGCUCAUCAGCAUUCAGUGUGGUAGUUGGGUGGUCAGUGCCGGGCAGAGGGACAUAUUGUUAAAGUUUGUCCUGCUGGUGAUUCACACUCCUUUCCCGCAUAUACAACACCACACACACACUCCCUCUCACUCUCUCUCUCUCUCUUUUGUUUUUUUUAGUUUGUUGGCUCUCUUCUCUUUUUUUAUCCUUCUCUGUCAUUUUGCUGCACUCCAUUUAAAAAGGAGAAAGUUUGGUGAAUUGUUAGUCAUUAUUGUUGAUAUUUCUGUCCGUAUCAGCUGCAGUAAAUGUAUUCGUCUGGGCUUGGGAAAAUACUAUUGUUGAACCUUUUGACAUUUUUUUUUAAAUCUGUUGAGUGAUGUAAGGGCAAUCAAUAUAAAUGUCAUAUUUAUAUACAGUAUAUAAACAGCAUCAUAUGCUCUGUCUCUAUUUUUAAGUGUAAGACAUGAGGAUUUGUGGAGGUCCAAGUGGGAAUGUAUGAAGGCCUGAUUGUUCAGGCUUUAUUAUCUUAUGUAAGAGGUUGGUGUUAAAAUGAAUAAAAUGGUGAAAAAGUA